GGAACGAAACGGAAGAAUAUUCAUUUGUUUUUAUAUCACAAGUAAUAAAUUCAGCCGACUCACCCACCGACGACGAGCAAAAUGAACUUCAAAGCAAUCCCCGCCCUUCAUUUCCACGCCUUGCGAUAUCGCGGUGCUGUAACAUUCGCCAUUUCUUCCCCCCAACCCCGCGGUAAUUUUCCGAAUCUCCAUUUUCACUGCCGACUUUUAUUAGGUGUUGGUGAAGCAAGAUCUGUAUCUUCAGAAAGCUCGUCAGAUCUUGUUCGUUGGUCUCCUUGUGAGUCGAAUUCGUUGGGUUUUGGAAUUUGGGAAUUUUUUUGAAUCUGGAAAUGGGGUGGAGAUACAAAGCCGGUCUGCUGUUGAUUGCUGCUGUGGUUAUUAUUUGGGUCACCUCUGCAGAGGUUACUCAGGAUAUUUUCACAGAUUAUAAGCAGCCGUUUGCUGUCACAUAUUUGGGAGCUUCUUUAAUGGUUAUUUAUAUCCCCGUUGCAUUUGUAAAAGAUUGGAUAUGCAGCAUCCUAAGAAGAAGACGAUCUAACAAAAAGGGUCGAUGUGUAAGUAAUGGUGCAUGUUCUGGACUUGAUUCUCAUUUAAAGUAUGCUGGCGAGCAGAAUUUAUUUGAGAUUGAAAUUCAAGGAUCCCUAAACAGAAAAGACAGUGAGCUGGAACUUAAGGAAUGCGAAGCAGAUCCUUUAGUUUCCAAACAAGGAGAUAAUGCUACAAUUAUGAGACCUGCAAAACAGAUAACAACUAAAGAAAUUGCAACUUACGGAUUUUACAUAGCCCCUCUUUGGUUUGUCACAGAGUACUUAUCAAAUGCUGCUCUUGCACGUACAAGUGUUGCAAGUACUACAGUUCUAUCUUCUACCUCAGGAUUGUUUACGCUCUUUAUCGGUGCAUAUUUGGGACAAGAUUCAUUAAAUACCGCAAAGGUAGUGGCUGUAUUUGUCAGCAUAGCUGGUGUUGUCAUGACGACACUGGGGAAAACUUGGGCACCCGAUGAGUCACAACUGGAUACUUCCUCAAGUAGCAAACGCUCUCUUGUCGGGGAUCUUUUUGGGCUUUUGUCGGCUAUGAGCUAUGGCUUAUUUACAGUUCUUCUUAAGAAGUUUUCGGGCGAAGAAGGUGAGAGGGUCGACGUGCAGAAGCUCUUUGGUUAUAUCGGAUUAUUUACGCUCGUGGCACUUUGGUGGCUUGUGUGGCCACUGACGGCUUUGGGCAUAGAACCCAAGUUUACAGUUCCUCAUUCAGCUAAGGUGGACGAAGUUGUGAUAGCUAAUGGGCUCGUCGGCAGUGUUCUUUCCGAUUACUUCUGGGCGCUGUGCGUUGUCUGGACAACACCACUGGUUGCUACCUUGGGCAUGUCUCUGACAAUCCCUGUGGCCAUGGUAGCGGAUAUGUUGAUUCACGGGCGACGGUACUCGGCCAUCUAUAUUCUGGGCUCUGUUCAGGUAUUUGGAGGAUUUGUCAUAGCCAAUUUGUCAGAUUGGUUUUCAAAAUCUUUGGGACUAUAGCAGGAUUGGUUCUUCCUUCAAACUUUAUUUAAGAUCAGCAGCAGGAGGUGUGAUUCUUGAUUUGAUUUUUGUUGUUUGUUGGAUCGAGUGUUGUUGUUGUUACGAAGAUCCAUCCAUUCUUCAAGGCUUGGUUUUCUUUUGUGCUUACGAUUCCUUUUUCUUUUUGUCUGAAAUGUUCUGAAUCAGCUUCGUACAGUUCUUCAACCGAAUGUCAAAUAGUUCGAAUA